CUGGGAGCUGCACCAGGAGGUGCCCGGGUGAGGAGCAGCUGCCUGUCAGGCAGGAAAGUGGCAGCGCCGGUGAAGAAGUCAAGGGUGGUGGCCAAAGGACUUCGAGGAGGAGGUACAUAGAGGCUCUGUACUCGGGCUUCUCUUCGUGGCCCCCCAAAUCUGAGCUCCCAGGUCUUAGGGUGUGGCACACAAGUGAGAAAGCUCUCCUGACCACCAACCUCCUGCCGGCUUCUGCUUUUAAGGAGUGUCUCCAUUGGGCUCAUGAGGCAAUAUGGGCAGAAUGCCAGUCAGGCUGAACAAGCCAGACCAAACAUAGAUGAAGAGGGAGGAAAAGCAGGAGCCCUACCAACAUGGCAGUCACAGACUUUGUGGAGGAGAUUCGCUCUGUGGGGGAGAGGCUGCUGCUGAAACUGAAAGAACUCCCCCAGGCAGAGCCCGUGGAGCUUGUGGCCUUCUCCAUCAUCGUUCUUUUCACAGCUACUGUCCUGAUGCUGCUGCUGAUAGCCUGCAGCUGGUGCUGUGCUCACUGCUGCUGCUCUGAGGGGAGAGACCGCAAGAUCCCAGUGAGGCCCAGAAAGCCCAGAUGAGGGACAACAGCAAGAAGCCUGAAAAGAAGCUGGACAAGAGCCUGCCAGUGUUGUGACAGGCUACCAUCAUGGCCACUUUCCUCCUCCAGACAGAGGUCACCUAGCCCCAGGUAUGGCUCUGCCAGGUGACAGGAGCCUUAUCAUCUGGAGCCUUAUCAAAGAAACAAGUGUUGCUCAAUGUGCUGGUGGACACAGGGCUUAGCUGGAGCAGACUGCUUCCCACUCAGACCGUCACCUGGGUGUCCUGCUAAGCUGACCCUUCCUAAGGGCUCCAUACUUCACAGCUCAGGCUUGUCGGGAGCUGGCUCUUGGCGCUCGCUGACUUAUGCCAAAGAGAAAGAAGCUAAUCAGGGACUUUGUGCAAUUUAGUAGACUCCCAGCCUCCUGCUGAGGGGAGGACCGUGUCAGUAUUCUAGUGGAAAUUUGUCCGCUUAUUUCCAAGUAAACACUUUUUGGUUUUGUGUUUA